AUGUCUGUCAAAAAAGUGCUCCGCAUUUUUAAUCCUCAUGCAGUCCACAUGGUCAUUCUACUAAUGUUAUGUUACUUCUUAGUGCAACUAGUUUUCAGUCAUAUAUCGCAUUCACUCACCUUGCUCGUCGACUCGUACCACGUGCUUUGCAAGCUAAUAUACUUUUUUGGAUCUGUACUAUGUAUUAAGCACAACGAUUAUGAAGAGGUGUGUUCAAACGAAGGUUGCGUGGAAAAGAUCCUCAAAGCGGAGGACGAUUCUCCUGAGUCCAACUUGACAGUAUCCAAGUCCGGUCAAAUAUCGUCUUCCAGUUGCGUGCAUCGUCAUCCCGAGAAGAAGUUAAAGAACACAUUCGGAUGGGCAAGGAUCGAAGUGGUUUUAAUGCUCGGCGGUUGCGUGUUUUUGGCGUCCCUUAGUUUCUCACUGGUGGUCGAAGCCAUUCAAACUCUCAUACACAUCGACCAUCAAGAUCCAAUGCAUCAACCGAUAUCAGUGUUCAUCAUCGGCCUUGUUGGUAUAGUCAUCCACGGACUGUGUUGUUUAUUACUAGGAGGUCCAGUAUCGCAAAAUACAAGAGUUCCUGACGAAGAGAGCGCUAAUGCUCUUUUAAAUCCUGGUCAAUUGCUGAAAAAAAAAAUACAAAUUAAAAACUGCAGUCCAAGAGAAAUAUGUCGAGAUUUAGUUGGUUGUACAAUGGUGAUGAUAUGUUCGAUCAUCGUAAUAUUCACAGACCCUAGCAUAGCAAAGUUUGUCGAUCCUGGAAUUUCAAUCAUAUCGGCUGCAAUAUUGCUCUACCUCAAGUAUCCGAAUAUGAAAGAAUCAUGCCUGAUUCUUCUUCAGACCAUGCCCGACCAUAUGAAUAUUGAUGCCAUUUGCAAAAACUUGAUGAAAACAUUUCCAGACAUAGUAAACGUACAUGAACUCCAUAUAUGGCAACUGACUGAAGAUAAAAUAAUAUCUACUGCACAUAUUAUGUUUCUUAACCCUCAAGAUUAUUUGAGAAUAAAUAAAGCGGUCGUUAACUUUUUCCAUGAAAAUGGCAUUUUAGAAGUGACUAUUCAACCAGAGUUUUUCAAAGACGACCAGAAUAUACAAAUGGUGCCAGAGUAUGGUAUGGGACAGUGUUUGGUUCAAUGCAAUAACGUCGAGUGCUUCGAUAGAAAUUGCUGUGAACCAGAUGAUAUUGAAUCAAUUCAACAUUGUUAA